AGCCACUGCAAUCCCCCACUUUGUUCCUACCUUGCUUGGAUCGCCAGGCACAGGCACCACCCUCUCCUCUCUUCCAUGGCGGUUACGGACUUAUUUGCCGGCGAGAUCGCCGCCGAGCUCCUCAAACAUCUCAUCACCAUCGCUCGGAAAUCCACGUCCUGCCGCUCCAGCGCCGAGCAGCUCAUCCACUACAUCCGCGACCUCCUCCCGAUCAUCCAGGAGAUCAAGCUCUCCGGAACUGAACUCCCACAGCAUCGCCAGCGGCAGCUGGAUAAUUUCUCCGAGAUACUCUCCGGCGGCCUUGAGUUGGCCAACAAAGUCCUCAAUUCCCCCCGUUGGAACGUUUACCGCAACAUCUGCUUAGCCAGGAGGAUGGAGAAAUUGGAGAGAAACGUCUCCAGAUUCAUGAAAGGCCCCAUCCAGGCGCACGUACUGGCCGACGUGCAUCACGUGAGGGUGGGAAUGGACGAGAGACUCGAUCGGCUGGAGUGGAAAUUAGGAUCCAUGAAAAUCGGCGUGGAGGAGGGCGGAGGCUGGUUGGGUGCUGCGGUGAAGAGAGUGGAGGAUGAGGAGCGUUGGUGUGAGGAUAAUUUGGUGAAUUUAGGGUUCACAGGACUGGAAUUGGGGAAGAUGAAGGUUAAGGAGAUGCUAAUGGCUGACAAAAAAGGUCUAAAUCUAAACACCUUCAGUGUGGUAGGGAUUCAUGGAAUUGGUGGCAUAGGGAAAACCACACUGGCUAGAGAAAUCUGCAAAGAUCACGAGAUCAGAAGUCAUUUCAACGAUAAGGUUCAUUUCCUUACAAUAUCUCAAUCUCCAAAUGUCGAGCAAUUGAGGUCUAAAAUACGGGGAAUGGUGUCGGGGAACACCACUGUCGGAGAUAGGUUCCCCCAAAUCAAAUUAGGAUUCGAAGAUGUCGAAAGCUCCUCGCCGCAAUCUCUGUUGGUUCUCGAUGAUGUUUGGACAUUAUCAGUGCUCGAGCAGCUACUGAUCAAGAUUCCGGGACUGAAAAUCCUCGUCGUUUCGAGGAUAAAGUUCCCUCCUUCAGUCGUCGAAAACUCCUAUGAAUUGGAUUUGUUGACUGAGAAUGAGGCCUUGUCCUUGUUCUGUCACUUUGCUUUCGGGCAAACAUCGAUACCUAUAGGCGCAGACGAGGCCUUGAUUAAGGAGGUUGUGGAUGAGUGCAAAAGGCUUCCAUUGGCUCUAAAAGUGAUUGGCGCUUCGCUCAAGGGCCAGUCAGAGAUGUUCUGGACAAGUGCCAAGAAUCGACUCUCGCGCAGCCAGCCGCUGUGCGAGUCUCACGAAGUGCAGCUACUCGAGAGAAUGAAAUUGAGCAUUGAUAAUCUAUCCGACAAGGAAAAGGAGUGUUUCUUGGAUUUGGGUGCCUUUCCGGAGGACAAAAGAAUACCUCUGGACAUACUUAUCAACAUGUGGGUCGAACUUCGCGACAUCGAUGAACAAGAAGCUUUCGCUGUCUUGGUUCAGCUUUCGGAUAAAAAUCUCCUCACCCUUGUGAAAGAUGCAAGGGCUGGAGAUAAGUUCAGCAGUUACUACGAAAUUUCCGUGUAUCAGCAUGACGUAUUGAGGGAUCUCGCGAUACACUUAAGCAAUGCUGGCGGCGUAAAUCAGCGAAAAAGACUUCUAAUGCCGAGAAGAGAAGCGGCGCUCCCGAAAGACUGGGAAAGGCACGCCGACGAGCCCUUCAACGCUCAAGUAAUCUCAAUACACACAGGCGAAAUGAGUGAGAUGGAGUGGCUACAAAUGAACUGCCCGAAAACGGAAGUAUUAGUCCUGAAUUUCUCGUCGAACACCUAUUUCCUGCCUCCCUUCAUCAAAACGAUGCCGAAGCUUAGAGCCCUGAUACUGAUCAACUACAGCAACACCAACGCCUUCCUCAAGAACGCGUCGGUUUUCAGCAGCUUAACGAAUCUCCGAAGCCUCUGGUUCGAAAAGAUCGCGCUCCCUUUACUACCCCACACGACGACGCCCCUCGAGAACUUGCAGAAAGUCUCGUUGGUUCUCUGCGACAUAAGCAAGAGCAUCCACCACUCGCACGCCGACCUACCCCACCUCUUCCCGCGGCUCGCCGAGCUCACAUUGGACCACUGCAUCAACUUGUCGGAGCUCCCGUCGAGCAUCUGCCUAAUUCAGACGCUCACGAGCCUGAGCGUUACGAACUGCGACAGUCUUGAGGAGCUGCCGGAAAAUUUAGGGAGACUCGGGUCACUGCAGAUUCUGAGGCUAUCGGCGUGCCCAAAUCUGAAGAAGCUCCCGCCGGGAGUCGGGAAUUUGGGGCGUCUCAAGUAUAUCGACGUCUCGCAAUGUGUGAACUUGGGGAGCCUCCCUGAGGGGAUCGGCGGGUGCGCGAGGCUUGAGAAGAUUGAUAUGAGGGAAUGCCCGCAGAUGAAGAGGGUGCCGGGUUCGGCGUUGGGGCUGGCGUCGUUGCGGCGGGUUAUUUGCGACGAGGAAGUGUCGUGGCUGUGGAAGGAUGUGGAGAAGAGUAGGCCUGGUUUGUGCCAAGUUGCUCGGGAAUGUUUCACCCUGGAUUGGCUCGAUGAGUAGCGAUGGCAGAUUUCUACGUUAUUAUAGAAAAUAAAAAAAAAAGUUGUUUUUUAGAGUUUGCAAAUUUUGAAUAAUUUCAUCAUGCAGUUAGGAUGUAAAAAAUGAAUGGCAAUGGGGAUGGAAAGAAUUAGAAAUUA